AUGCCUGAUCCUUGUACAGUGCGGCCAGAUCCUCGUGCACACAGAUGCAGCCGGUGUCGAUGCGAUGGGGUGUGGUGUGGUGAGGUGGACCUGGUGGAGCAUGUUAGAUUCUACGUGGGCUUGACUGGUUAUUCCCAGUGGAGCUCCAAGCAGGGAAUUGGGGACAGGGGUAGAAGCGUAGUACAGGUGGGGAGAGGAUGCUUACUGCGACUGGAUGGGAUCUCUCUGACGUUACGCUGCACUGGAGUCCUGAGCGAGGUCACUCUACCAGCCAGUGCGUCUUAUAGGUAA